AUGAGCAAUCAGAUAGAGGAAAACUUUGUUUUUUCAGUUUGCAUAAUAACCUUUAUGCUGGGGCUAAUGGUCAAUACGUUUAUACUAGCCGUGAAUGUUUCUUGCUGGUUGAGGCAGAGACGGAUUAAGGCUUCUGGCCAAAUUCAAUGCUCCCUAGCCAUCUCUAGAUUGUGCUUUCAAUUUUUAUUUCUAUAUGAAAUCUUAAUAAUUUCUUUUCAGCACAUACUGGUUUUGGAUGUAAAUUUUUUUCUAACUGGGUUUUGUAUGUUGCUGGUCUUCUACUCCAAUCUUUGGUUUGCAGCUUUGCUUUCUGCUAUCUACUUCUUGAAAAUUGCGAACUAUAGCCAUGACGUCUUUUUGUAUCUAAAAAGGAUGCUAUCGCAAAAAAUGUUGUAUUUCAUAUGUGCAGCUGUGUUGAUAGCUUCAUGCAAUUCCUCUCUGGAUUUAUGGAUUGUUUCCACUGAAUUGGACAUUAGCAAUUCCACAAUUAUGCUAUAUCUACAAAGGAUUCAAUGCAAAAGUAGAAAGCUCAGCAUGUAUUAUCUUACUUAUACUCUUGGAAACUGUGGCCCCUUCAUCAUAAACAGCAUUUCGCUGUUUCUCUUACUGUCCUCUCUGUGUCGUCACUUGAAGCAAAUGAAGAGCAGAGACACUGGUUUUACAAGACACCUUGACAGUUACUAUGUUGCUAUUAAUUCAAUUGCUGCUGCUUUUGUCUUCCAAGGUUUGCAAUUUGGCACCAAUAUCGCCUACAUGUUUUGCAUCUAUUCAACUGAAGGAAUGUGGAUACAAAUGCUAUUAUAUGUCUUACCUUCUCUGCACUCCUGUUUCCUGAUCUAUAUAACCACCAAUCUAAGGCAGCAAUUCUAUAGUAUACUUCAACGUGGGGCAAACUGUUUUUUGAGAAGAAGAGAUGCUGACCCCAAUCUGGUGACCAUCACUUGA